AGUGGCCGCCCCGCUCCCAGCGCUCCCCGCGCGCCGCCCGCGCGCCGGCUGGGCCUCUCUAGCCCGCGGGCGGGCGGGACCAUAGAGAGCCCGCGGCACCGCCCCCUCCACGACCCGAGCGCCCGCUCGCGCGGCUCCCACAAUGCACCGCACAAUGGCCCGACCGCCGCCACUACCGGGGCCUGAGCGGGCCUGGCGGAGCCCGAGCGCGGCCCGGCCCGCAGCGCGGGGUCCCGAGCGCAGUGAAGAGACUGUUUUCUGAAGGCUUCGUUGGAGGCUGUGACCGAGCAGAGAGCCCAUGUGAACUGAUGGGGAGGCUUUCUGAAUAACAUGGCCUUUUGCCAUUAGCCUUGCCAUGACCACAUUUUUCACCAGCGUCCCUCCCUGGAUUCAAGAUGCAAAGCAGGAGGAGGAAGUGGGCUGGAAACUAGUUCCCAGGCCUCGGGGCCGGGAGGCAGAGAGUCAAGUGAAGUGCCAAUGUGAAAUCUCGGGGACACCAUUCUCAAAUGGGGAGAAGCUAAGGCCUCACAGCCUUCCCCAUCCGGAGCAGAGACCAUAUAGCUGUCCUCAGCUGCACUGUGGCAAGGCUUUUGCCUCCAAGUACAAGCUGUAUAGGCACAUGGCCACCCACUCGGCCCAGAAACCCCACCAGUGCAUGUACUGUGACAAGAUGUUUCACCGAAAGGACCAUCUGCGGAACCACUUGCAGACCCAUGACCCCAACAAAGAGGCCCUCCACUGCUCUGAGUGUGGUAAGAAUUAUAAUACAAAGCUGGGAUACCGUCGUCACCUGGCCAUGCAUGCUGCCAGCAGUGGUGAUCUCAGCUGCAAGGUGUGCCUGCAGACCUUUGAGAGUACCCAGGCCCUAUUGGAGCACCUGAAGGCUCACUCACGCCGGGUAGCAGGAGGUGCUAAGGAGAAGAAGCACCCCUGUGACCACUGUGACCGGCGGUUUUAUACUCGGAAGGAUGUUCGACGGCACCUAGUGGUGCACACAGGUCGUAAGGACUUCCUGUGUCAGUACUGUGCCCAGAGGUUUGGCCGCAAGGAUCACCUGACACGCCAUGUCAAGAAGAGCCACUCACAGGAACUGCUCAAGAUCAAGACAGAGCCAGUGGAUAUGUUAGGCUUACUCAGCUGCAGCUCUACAGUCAGUGUAAAGGAAGAGCUGAGCCCUGUGCUUUGCAUGGCUUCUCGGGACGUGAUGGGGGCUAAGGCCUUUCCUGGCAUGUUGCCCAUGGGUAUGUAUGGUGCCCACAUCCCUACCAUGCCCAGUGCGGGCAUGCCACACUCCCUGGUGCACAACACACUGCCCAUGGGUAUGAGUUACCCUCUGGAAUCUUCUCCUAUCUCCUCCUCAGCUCAGCUCCCUCCAAAAUACCAGCUUGGAUCUACCUCAUACUUGCCCGACAAACUGCCCAAAGUGGAGGUGGAUAGUUUUCUGGCAGAGCUUCCUGGAAGCCUGUCUCUCUCAUCGGCUGAACCUCAGCCCGCCUCACCUCAGCCGGCGGCAGCUGCAGCCCUCCUAGAUGAAGCACUGCUCACCAAGAGUCCCGCCAACCUCUCUGAGGCCCUCUGCGCUGCUAAUGUGGACUUCUCCCAUUUACUGGGCUUUCUUCCGCUCAACCUACCCCCAUGUAACCCACCAGGGGCCACAGGAGGCCUAGUUAUGGGCUACUCCCAAGCUGAGGCACAGCCUUUGCUCACCACUUUGCAGGCUCAGCCUCAGGAUUCCGCUGGAGCUGGGGGACCCCUGAACUUCGGGCCUCUGCACUCCUUGCCUCCUGUCUUCACCUCUGGCCUGAGUACCACCACCCUGCCUCGUUUCCACCAAGCAUUCCAGUAGCCCCCAUGAAGGUCCCCCAACUCAGUCUUUUGCUUCUGCCAGGGAGCCUAAGUCCCCACCCCGUCCACCUCCCCCAUGAAGGCAGCUGAGCUUUCAGAGCUGGGUUCAAAAAGAAAAUUCUAGUGUCUAUAUGGAGCACUUGGUUUGGGGGUUCAGGCUCCAGGAUCAAUCUAGAGGGAUCCUUGAACCCAGCCCCAUGAACAAUCUAUCAUAGGACUUUCAGGUAUUUUUACUUUUAUUUUUUGAUCUGAACUGGGAGCUAUAUUUAGCCCUCUGCCUCUCCAAAGCAUCAGAACCACCGUCAUUCUGGAGAAGGGGAAGCCUCUCAGAGACAGAGGGCUUCACCUUACAUGACCUCAAGAGAAAUGGCCUAAGAAGCCCGCCUCCUGGUCCUGUCUGCAGACCCUCCAGCAGCUGGCUGUUGAGUCCCUGCUGGGGAAGGUCUCUUGACUAUCACCUGCUUCCAGCUACCAGGCAAGAAAGAGGGCCUCUAUUCUCAGCCAUCCCACCCCACGCUACCCACAGCUCCACUUCAGUCAGUGUUGUCCAGCAACGGUACCGUUUACACAUUCACCUCCGACACACCAUUUCACCUCCCUCACCACACUGUUAGCCUUAGAGUGAUUGCAGUGAACACUGUUUACACACCGUGAAUCCAUUCCCACCAGUCCAUUUCAGUUGCCACCAGCCUGAACCACUCGGUACCUGGUGUUAACUGGAGCCCUGUUUACAAGGCGGAGUCGGGUCUUGCUGACUUCUCUUCACUUGAGGUCACAUUUUUCCCCUGUGGGGAAAUAAACUGACUUUGGACUGCUUCAGUUUCUGCUAUCUUCCAUGACUGCUUCUAUUCCUGCCUUCCAAGGCAGUGUCUACAGGAGAUAGGCAAGAAGAUUGGAGCAGCUUUCUCACAGGUCUGCAAUUUGGAUUUUCUCCAAGUACAUCAUGACACCCUCGUCCUCCUGAACUGGAGAGGGGAAGAAAUGAAAGGCAUCCCAUACCCACCAUUUCCUCGGUCCCUAACCCCGCCCUGGACAUCAUGAGCUGUUAUUCGUCUUGGAAGGAGGGGUUCUGGGCUUUGGGCUGGGUAGCAGAGGAGAGGGAUGAGCCCUUCGUUUGUUUCCCUUCUGCUUGUCCUUUUCCAGGACAUAAUAGAACUGUUGGAAGAAGAGUUUCUAGAAAGUUAGGAUUGGGCAGAUAGUUGAGUCCUAAUCUAUCAAAUCAUUGUUGCCUCUCAUACCAAAAUGUUCUUAUCCACUGUCCCUUUCCCCUCUCUGCUUUGCAGUCCCCGUGGACUCUGGGCAUAGUGUAUUGUCGUCUUUGCUCUCCAUUGAGGACCUUCCACCCAUCAUGGUCCCCUCAGUUGCCCCUAGUAUCUAGCAAUGUGUCUUGCAAGAAAUGACUAGUUCUUCUGCUGACUUGGAGCUCGCUGCCAUAGACAGCACAGCCCUUGCCCAGAAGCAGCUGAACAAUUCCUAACCCAUUUCAUCUCGGUUCUGUAUGGGUUUUUCCCAUGCAUGGAAGGGAGGCAGCUCAGGGACCACCAUUGUGGAACCUUUUGAGACACCUCUCUGAUUCAGAAACACACUUCUACCUCUUUACUGUUAACUCCUACAGAUGUAGCCAGCAACCUGGGCACUUGUGUUAGUGGUGCCUUUUGCUGGCUUCUCCACUAGGGUUUCAGGACAGACUACCUAGGAACUGCCUCAAUCUCCCACCAGUUCUUCCCUGCCCCUCCCUUCUGUCUAGAUUCACUUCAGUUUAUUGUUGGGAACUGUGCAGGUCCAAGACCUGGACUCCUGCUUCAGCCCAGGCCAGUACUCCUUGUUUGAGGUGAAAGCCUUCAGUUUAGCUCCCUGGCCCUUGUAUGGAAGCAAUGUGGAGUGAAUGAGCAUAUUUUGAUUUAAGCAAGGUAGCUUGGAAUACCUUUUUAAAGAAACAACUGGAUAUAAAUAUGUCUGACAGAAUUAGAAUCAGACUAUGUGAUUUGCUUCUAAAGAUUAGUUUCAAUGAGUCCCAGGGACUAAUUAAGGUUUAUUUUUAAAAGCGUCUACCUUGGUACGCAACCAUCUCCUGCAUGCUAUGCAUGUUGUUGGGACUCGUAUUACAGGAAAUGGCAUUGAGAAUCCAAGUGGGACUCACUGCUGCCAUUCUCCUUGUGUUUGGUCUUCACUAGACCCCGGGCCCUUCUCUACCCUUCUACCACCUCCCUAUAGCCUCAGUUUCAGAAGCCAGUAGCCUCCAGCCACGGAAUACAGUGUUGUGGGCUGUUUGAGAAGACCUGUCCUGAGCUUAUCCUUCCCUUGGUGCUCACAGGACAGCAGAGCACCUAUUGUAGAGCUUGUAAUGGGGCCUUGUUCCCGCCUCUAAUCUUUCCUCUAAUCUUAUGUAUCCUUCCUGGUUUUCCACUUUUCUCAGUAUCUUCUUCACUCUAAGGACUUUUCCUGUCACUGUGAACUUUGCUGGUUAUCUGCCUUCAAUUUUUGGACCACAAACCACCCUGCAGCUUCUUAAACCUUUCCCCAACCUACCACCCAAAAGAGCCUUUUGGCCAGUUGUUAAAAGGACAGGAAUAAUUUUAUUCUGUACUUGGUGCCCAAACUCAUUUAAGUACCCCUUAUGCUAUGAGGCCAAGAGAGCCAGAGGGGCAUAUGCCCAGGACAGGAGCCAUGGCAUGUGGCACAGACCAAUCAGGGACCAGAAAAGAAUCAUGUCCCUUUCCUUGCCAUGUCCUUGAGCCUGUCAGCAACGAACUGACUGCAAGGGGACAGCACCUCUCAGCCUGCACAGCAGCUUGUCAGAGUUGAGGACUGUCCUGGGGCCAGAGACUAACAUGCCCAGGUGUUGGCUCAGAGGAUCCUAGCACCAUCUUAAACAGGUGGGAGGCAGGGAAGGGUGCACCAGCGUGUCUUUCCCCGACUUUACAUGGUGUUUUGUUAAUGCAAAUCCGGGAAGCAGGUGUGAUUGCUUUUUGCUCGUAGAUAUUGUCCUAAGUUGAAAUCCCCGAAACUUCCCUUAGUAGCCUUUAAGAUUCCCCUUCCCUUUUUGGUAGCUGUUUUCUCUACCCCUUCUCCACAAUUAAAAAAACAAAAAACAGAAAAACAACAAAAAAAAAAAGGUUGUAUUAUACAGGAUCAAUAUUUUGCUUUUUAACAAGGAUAUUUAUGUAAUAAACUUUGCCUUAGGUAGGUGUUGGCCAGGAAGGUCCAGAUUUCUCUGUGACCUCACCCUGGCCUCUCCUGGAGCUCUGAACCUGCUGUGGAAGGAAGUGGCUGUGACUUUAACCACUGGAGAGUGGGGUCUGUGGUGUGGAGAGGGUGUUCACUGUGUAAUCUUGGGCUGUGUGGAGUUGCUCCUGUCACCUUGCUUCAGAUGUUACUUGGCAUCCUCCACCAGUUCUCCAUGCGCACCUCUGCAUGUCUGGCACUAGAACCCCUGAACACUACUUCACACAUCUCUCACUCCCAGUUGGUUGAAGCUCUAGAGCCACUCUUUCUUAAUGCCAGAUUAUUUAAAGAAAGAAAAAUACAAGACAAAAACCUUCUAGCACUUUGUAAACACAGUGAAUAACCUCUUGGAGUAUUUUUGGCUUUAUAUAAAACAAGGUUUUUAAUUGUAAAAUAUAAGUGCCAUUAGAAAAUGCACAGGGCAUAUCUUUGUUAAAGUAGAUUUUUUCAAUGUUUUACAGAAUUAAUUUUCAAAAAAAAAGUUUUUAUAAUGAAGUUGUUUAUUAAAAACUUCUGAAUGAUGUGCUUUGCA